AUGAAAAAUAGACCAUUAGCAUUUGCAUGCCUUCUAAUUAGCAUUAAUGCAGGAUUUUGGGAUUGGUUUGGUGGAGGCAAAAAAGAUGAUGGCAACAAAGAAGCCGUCUUAGCGAGUGAAGAUAAUAAUAAAGGCUCCGGUGGUGAAGGUAAUAGCAAAAAGCAGAUUUUGUUAGAUAUAAAGAAAGAUCUUACUAGUGUUUCACAAAAAACCCUAAAAUUGAAUAGCUCGUCUGAAGAGGAACUCAAAAAACUUGAAGAAGAAGAGAAGAAAAAAAUGGAAGAAGCUGCUGAAGCCCUUGCUAGAGUUCAAAAAGAAGCCCAACGUCUUAAAGAAGAAGAAGAAGAACGAAAAAAAGAGAGUAAAAACAUAAAAGCUCUUCAGAAUAAGAUUAAUUAUCAUUUAAAACCUGCGUCUGACGAUGUUGAAAAAUUCCUAGGCGGUAAUAGUGGUGGACCUGAAAACAGCCAUAAACACGAUAAUGGCGAUGAUGAAGGCUAUGGUAGUGGUGGUGAUGAUGAUGAUGAUGAGGAUGAAAGUAAAGAAGAAAAGAAUGAUAGAGUUAAUCCUGCAAGUGAAGGAAAAAAGACUUCUAAUUCAAGAAAGAAAAAGCCUAGUGAUAACGACGAAGAUGACGAAGAUGAUGAUAAUGAUGAUGAUGAUGAUGAAGAAGAAGAAGAAGAAGAAAAAAAGGGUAAAGGAUUGAAACAAGCAUUGGGAAUUGGAAAGAGAAAAGGAAAGAAGAAACCCUCUAAAAAACCCAAAAAAAGAGAACGUUCUUGGAAAUUCUGGAAGCCUAAGGGAGGUGGAAAAACCUCCGCCAAACCUAAAAAAAGAAAACGUUCUUGGGUUCCUUGGAAAUCUAAAAAGAGCAAUAAAGAUGAUUGA